AUGCGCUCUCGCGGCGGUCCUUCUCACGUCACUAGCGUCCCCCUCGACAAAGAUGGUAACCCCCAGACCGUUAUUAAUGAUGAGAUUGUCCUCCCCGAGGACCCCGCCGGCGAAGACAAGGUCGACAAACUCGGUUACCUCCUUGGUGGGCGCGAGUACCGCUGCCGCACUUUCACGAUCCUGGGUCGCGGAGAGCGCCUUUACAUGUUGUCCACCGAGCCGGCCCGUUGCAUAGGCUUCAGAGACAGCUACCUGUUCUUCCAGAAGCACAAACAGCUCUUCAAGAUCAUCAUGGACGACGACGAGAAGUACGACAUGAUCAACCGCGAGCUUAUCCCGCACUCCUACAAAGGUCGCGCCAUCGGUGUCGUCACCGCGCGAUCCGUAUUCCGCGAAUUCGGCGCGCGCAUUGUGGUUGCUGGGCGCAAGGUCAUAGACGACUACUGGGAGUCGCGAGAGCGCGCUGCAGGCGCAGUCGAGGGCGACCUCGCAGACCCAGAGGACCGUCUCCCUGCCAAAGGCGAAGAGUACAAUCGCAACCAGUACGUAGCUUGGCACGGCGCCAGUAGCGUCUACCAUACCGGUGCUCCCUCCGUUCCCCUGCCUGUCGGCGCAGCAGCGGCGAAGAAGAAGCGUGUAGUCGUGACGGACACGAACUGGAUGUUUGAGCACUCGCACGCAGCAUCGCAGUUCAAUUCGCGACUGCUGGCACAGCGCCUUCAGGGCGCCGCGGCGGGGGUGUAUGAACCCCACACGAACCUGAUUUUCUAUCCAGCCGCUACGCAGCCAACGAGGGCGAGAUGGGAGCAGGUUGGUGCGGGCGAAAAGGGGAGAGGUGCGGUUAUUGAGACGUAUUUGGAGAGUGUGCCGAUUGGUGUGGGAAUUGAUGUGGGCAAGGAGUUGGGAUUGGGCGUCGAGAUGUACGAUGACGCUUUUGUAGAAGGGCUUGGCACUGAGGAGGAGAAGAUGGCAGUUAGGGCCAUGAGGAGCAGAGAAAGGGAGUGGGCGGGGAGGUGGUAA